AUGAAGAAGUAUAGUGAGACAGGGGUUAACCAAUCGAUCUGUCUACCCGCCGACCUAUCGACUCGUCAACUUGUAACCCGUCGACCUGUCAACCUGUCAACCCGUCGACCUGUCUACCCGUCGACCUGUCAAUCCGCCGACCUGUCAACCCGUCGACCUGUCGACCCGUCGACCUGUCAUCCCGCCGACCUGUCAACCCGUCGACCCGUCCACCUGUCUACCCGUCCACCUGUCAACCCGUCGACCUGUCUACCCGUCGACCUGUCAUCCCUGUCGACCCGUCGACCUGUCAUCCCGCCGACCUGUCAACCCGUCGACCUGUCGACCCGUCGACCUGUCAACCCGUCCACCCGUCCACCUGUCAACCCGUCGACCUGUCAACCUGUCAACCCGUCGACCUGUCUACCCGCCGACCCGUGUACCCGUCAACUUGCAACCCGUCGACCUGUCAACCAGUCGACAUGUCAACCUGUCGACCUGUCAACCCGUCGACCUGUCUACCCCUCGACCUGUCAACCCACAGACCUCUCAACCCGUCGACCUGUCAACCCGUCCACCUGUCUACCCGUCUACCAGUCAACCCGUCAACCUGUCAACCAGUCGACUUGUCAACCCAUCGAUCUGUCAACCUGUCGACCUGUCAAUCUGUCUACCCGUCUACUUGUCGACCUGUCAACCCGUCGACCUGUCUACCCGUCAACCAGUCAACCCGUCGACCUUUCAACCAGUCGACCUGUCAACCCGUCGACCUGUCUACCAGUCAACUUGUCAACAUGUCGAAUUGUCAACCAGUCGGCCAGUCAACCCGUCGACCUGUCAUCCUCUCAACUUGUUGACCUGUCAACCCGUCUUCUGCUGAAACAAUUUUUGUAA